GGACGGAAAUUCGAUAUGCAUGGAGUAAAUAUUUAAGGAAAAAAAAAAGUUUGCAUCCUUCCCACAGUCGUGUUUGGAUUCAGGCUGGUGUGCAGAUGAGGAUUCGUGCUUGUCAGACGCGGCGCUGUUCACCUGGAAUACCUGAGGCUCUCCAAUGACACGCAGCUGCAUCAACUUAUCAACACUGUUGCAUGUUUUUUUUUUUGUUUUUUUUCCACGCCUGAUGUUUCGGCCCCUGUGGCCUAACCCGUAAAUAUACUGUAUGUUUCAUGCAAUAUCGCCUUUGACUGGAGCUGGAACUGGAACUUGCAGCACCUGAAUUCCUGCGCUCCCGUCCCCCCACCCCCCCAUCAGAAGGAUGCUGCCGGAGGUUGCGAUGAUGCACGGGACUUGGAGGAUUUUCUAAAUGAUCAGGAUGACAUUUGGGUGAACCGAUAAAUAGAUCUUUUUUUUUUCCUCUGACAAAAAACAGCUGCACCAAGAUCCGACCUCAGCCGAACUAGACUCGCGGUUUUCAGACUCGGUUCGGGGAGGAUGGCUGCGAUCGCCAGCUCCCUGAUCCGCCAGAAACGUCAGGCGAGGGAGUCGAACAGCGACCGGGUCUCUACUUCUAAACGUCGCCCCAGCCCCAGCAAAGACCCCCGCUCUCUGUGUGAGAGGCAUUUCUUAGGGGUCUUCAGCAAAGUCCGCUUCUGCAGUGGCAAGAAAAGACCCGUCCGGAGGCGACCAGAUGCACCCUCGAAACCUCCACAGGUGUCCCAUAAGGGCUGCAGGCUAGAGCCGCAGCUGAAAGGCAUCGUGACACGACUGUUCAGCCAGCAGGGUUUCUACCUGCAGAUGCAGCCGGAUGGAACCAUCGACGGCAGCAAGGACGAGAACAGCGACAAUACCCUGUUUAAUCUUAUUCCAGUGGGUUUGAGAGUUGUGGCCAUCCAGGGGGUGAAGAGUGGCUUCUAUAUUGCCAUGAAUGGCGAGGGCAUGCUCUACAGCUCGGAGAUGUUCACGCCGGAGUGUAAGUUCAAGGAGUCCGUUUUUGAGAACUACUAUGUGAUCUACUCGUCCACUGUGUACCGGCAGCAGGAGUCGGGCCGGGCCUGGUUCCUUGGCCUCACAAAAGAGGGACAAGUCAUGAAGGGCAACCGGGUCAAGAAAACCAAGCCUUCAUCACACUUUGUACCCAGGCCCAUCGAAGUUUGUAUGUACAGAGAGCCGUCACUGCAUGAGAUAGAGGACAAGCACCGCUCCAGGAAGAGCUCAGGGACUCCCACCAUGAAUGGAGGGAAAGCUGUCAAUCAGGACUCCACAUAGCAGCAGAGGGAGGGGCUUCCAACGAGGGGGAGUGGCUUCAUCCCGACUUAGGGGGAGGGGCCAUAGGAAAACUCAAGGCACCCCCAAACACACCACCAUCCCCUCUAAAAAAAAAAAAACAAAGGGGAGCUGCGACUAUGAAGAGGAGCAAUUACUGUACAACCAAGACGACAACUAAAACUGAACUCUUGCCUGUGAAAACCUUUUAGAUGAAUUAACAUGAAACAAGAGGAUAUACAUAUAUAGGUCUAUACGCAUAUAUAGAUCUGUAUGUGUGUAUAUAUAUAAACAUUUUCAAUCAGGACAUGACCAACAUUUUAUGCAAAAAAAAGAGAAAAGGCUGUGAUAAACACAGGAAUGGUGGUCUCUUCUUCACACAAACACAAAUAUCUAUCAUUUCCAAUUUAUGCUGUGAAAAUCAAGCUUUAAUACAUGUUCAAUUUUCAUACUUUUUUUUUUUCUUUUUGAAAUGCUAUUGCACUCUCAUACGCUUUAUUGUGUUAUUGUUGUCAGUAUUAACCAUCAUUAUUACUAAUCUGUUGAUCUUAUCUCAUUGCCUACCACUAAUACCUUGGCUUUCUUUGAUUUUUUUUUGAGACUAAAAACACAUUUUUUCCUGUUAUUAUUAUUAUUAUUAUUAUUGUUAUUAUUAUUAUAGUUUUUUCUUCUCACACAGUUUGAUCUUGAAUGCACUGUCACACUACCUGCUCUGGUGUGAGGGUAAAAGACUGAAUGUACUGUAUAUGCUAGUUCUCUGUGUUGGACUCCAGCGGAAACAGAGUAUUUACGGUGGGAUGUAAUUUUCUCAGGUGUGUACUGUAAGUGUGACUAAUGUGACUAAUAUGACAGAUAGGGCUGUUUCAAAUGCUAAUGUGUACGCGUGUCGUCCUGUUCGCUGUGUUCCAUCGUGACAGGACAAGACUGAUACAAGCAAUAUAUCAGAGAGCAGUCUAGUAUGUCUUUAAAUUAUAGUAAUAUGAAGCCGACAACACACCUCUGUGGCUGCUGUGUUGUCGGUUAUGUGUGAAAGACUGGUAAAGAAAGUUGUAUUAAGUGGGUAAAAGUCUAUACUAAAAGGAAAAAUGUUUUGGUAUACCUUCGAUAUACUCUUAAGCUUUGCAAAGAUUAUUAUAUUUUAGAUAUAGAGAUGUCCAAACUUGACCAAAAAAAAAUGGCAAAGAAUAGUAUUCUCUCCAAAAGCCGAGAGGAAGAUAACGACCAGCAUCAGCACUAUGAGCCAUGGCCAGAAACGGUCACUUCACAUUUGCACCUCAAGAAACACUGACCCCUUCUCUGCUGUUAGCUAAGCUAUAAAAUAACCUGUCAAAAUAUAACUAUAUAACAGUACUCAUGCUUUUAAAAUAUAUGGACAGACCAUGACAUAAUCCUUGGUACAAGACUUCUGCUGUUUUUUCCAAGCAAGAAAUAGGAAGGAAAAUAUUUUGGCAGGCCUGGCAGUGAAGAUAUGUGUUGACUAGUUUUCAAGAGGUUCUUCUAUUUCUGUUACUUUUAUUGUGAAAGCAUUAGAGAUUUCUCAACACUGGUGGACAGGGUGCCUGACUGUUUAAUAUCUCUGACCUGUGUUGUUGAUAUUUUCAAUAAGGUCAUAAUCAUUAAAUCUUUCCCAUCACAAUGGAAGCAGAGUGUCUCAUUGAGGAACCAUUCAAUCCGGAUUUAGGAAGGAUGUCCUGCCAUCUUGAUAGAAGUCACUGUUUGUAUUCUCUGACGUGGUAACCCAUACAUCCUCCGUAUCUCCUGGUUUUGUGACCCAUGAAAUGAGUCAUUUGCUGCAUUGUGGAGGAAAGCUCCUCUUUCAUAAAUCAACACGUCGACAGGGCUGUAUAAACAAGGUGAAUUGACUGGUACACUGCGUACGCCAUGUAUGCUGCAUAGCUCAUUCCUAAUCCCCUAUUAGUUCGUCUAACUCAGGAAGUCCUAUAUAACUGUUCCGUGAAUGGGGCCAGACAUAAAGGCUGGCUGCUUGUUGUCCAGCACCCGUUGCACAAAGCCUGGCCUCUGGUGUGGUGUUAAAGGAUGUCAGGAUUAGGUAAAUGGACAAAUGGACAUUUCAUUGUAAAAGGUGGUGUACAGCUAAACCUAGCCAGGUUAGGAAGCAUGAACUACGCAUGACUGUAAAAGCUGAUCUAAACUUGAUUCGAUUCGGAGGUGUGAGCUGGUGAAAAGACUUGCAAAUAAUCAGUCCACGACUUUUUAUGCAACGUUUUUGAUCAGUAUUUUAGGGAGAAUUUAUACAUCUCUCCAGUAUCUGGUUAGAUAUCAUUUUGUAGGUUGGUGGUAUGUACAGUAAAUAGCACACAUUCAGUUGCACAGAGCAAAUCGCAGUGAUAUAUCAUCAUGGAUCUGGGAGGGUCUUCCACCUUGGGGCCCAGGUUCAUAGCUGGUGCAAGUUACAUGUAAGAGCUAAGGGUAAAUUAGUUCAACUUCCACAGCACCUACAGCAUAACAGUGAUGCAUACAGUAUAUCCAACAUGACACUGAAAGUCAACAGGCAAGACCAGCAUAUAUAAGUAUCUUUUUAUAGAGGUUUAUAUUGGUGCAAAUGAGAUACACGUGGACUUAAUGCAAUGCAUGAAAUUGGAUGAACUUGAUGUCAAAUGUUGACGGCGGAACGAGAACAUUUGAGAAAAGGGAUAAAAAAAAAAUGUGAGGAAGGGGGGGGGGAUAGACGGUGUGAGAAAGCAGUAAAGAAGAGCACUUUGAGGGGGUUAUUGAUGUACGAAAGGGUGAGUAAAGGCUGUGGUUGUAUGUGAUAUUAAGUAUAAUUUAAUUUUUUUUUAUUUUUGCUGAUGAUUUCACUGCAUUGGAACACGCUCAUAUAUGCAUUAUGAAAUGUGAGAUGAAAUAAAAAAUAUGCAUUGAUUAUAAAAAUCAGAAUGAAGUUAGUGAUUGUUUAAGAAUAAAGACUAUGUUAUCAAAA